AUCCAAGUAUUUUAGAACCUGUUCAACAGGAGAACACUUCACGAUAGAGUUUGAGAACCUGGUGGAAAGUGAUGAGGGGGAAAGCCCAGGAAGCAAUCACAGACCUCUGACUGAGGAAGAAAUUGCUAACUUGAAAGACAGACAUUAUGACUCCAUUGCUGAGAAGCAGAGAGUUGUUGAUAUGAAGCUUCAGGCAGAGUUAGCCUUACAAGAGGAGAAGUUAAGACUAGAAGAGGAGGCUUUAUAUGCUGCACAACGUGAAGCAGCCAGGGCAGCAAAGCAGAAAAAGUUCUUGGAGCAACGUAGACAGCAAAGGAUAACCCAGAGAGCACAUGCUAUUAAUAAUGGAGACUAUCAGAGCUCAGUGGCAGAGGAAGAUCUCGAUUCUUUCUUAAGAAAUACGAAAUUCCAGUAUGAAGCUUUUCGCAGUAGUAGACUUUCAUCUGAUGCUACAGUGCUGACACCCAACACAGAGAGCAGUUGUGACUUAAUGACCAAAACUAAAUCAGUGAGUGGAAAUGAUGACAGCACUUCAUUAGAUUUAGAGUGGGAGGAUGAAGAAGGCAUGAACAGGAUGAUUCCAAUGAGAGAACGCUCCAAAACAGAAGAAGAUAUACUCCGGGCAGCACUGAAAUUCAAUAGCAAGAAGACAGGAAGUAAUCCACCUUCAGCCUCUGAUGAUUUCAAUGGAUUGGAGUGGGAGAAUGACUUUGUUAGUGCUGAAAUGGAUGAUAAUGGCAAUUCUGAAUACGCCGGAUUUGUAAACCCUGUGUUAGAUUUGUCUGUAUCAGAUGUAAGGACAUCUGAUUCUGAUCGUCAAGACAGGUAGUGAAACUGCAUGGCCCUUGUCUGUGACCAAAUGUUGGGAAGUGGAAUAGAAUGUACAAACCCAAUUCACUCUUUUGAACAUGGUUCCCUUUUUCUUCCAAAUAGAGCGGCAAGGAGUGGGAAUGACUUGCUAUCUGAAUUAAUUCAGAAUUAAGUGCAAUUUCAUAAU